AAGUAAAUAUUUUUAAAACAUUGCCAAACAAAUUGGCCAACGUACUAGUUCAAAGUUAAAAAUUGAAACAUGAUCGAAUUGACAUUGAUGUUGAUAUUAAUAUUAUUGAAACAUUAUAUUGCAGUUGUUUCCCUAUAAAGUGUUGAUCAUGCAUUUGCGAUGGAGCGUAUCAAUUAAUUAAAUUAAAUCAAUCUAGUCCAUAAAAUCCCUCUCCCUCUUGUCUUCUACGCUGAACUGCUCUCUGCAUUUUAUAGGAAGUGUUUUUUUUUGUCGUUAGUUGGUUCAGUUUUCAUGGAUUCUGGACUUGUUCUAUUGUCCCAUGCUUGUUCAGUCACAACUGGUGGAAAUCUCUGCUGGAAUAUACAUUCCGCCAACAAUAUUUACUAUGCAAUGAACUUUUCAUAUGCCUUUAUUGAGAUGGAAGAGACAUCCAUUGCUCGCAACAAUGGUCAUGAUAGUUUCUUUGGCAUUUAUAUUGCCAGUUACAUCAUUCCUUCACGUGCAGGUGGAAAUCUAGGCCUGAGUAGACAUUCCACCAAGAAUCUUCACUGUGCAAGUUCUUGGGCAUCAAAGAGUCCACAAUACAAAAGGAAAACUCAAAUAGAAUGUAAUCUUUUGAGUUUUCAACAACAAAGUUUGAAGCAACGUUAUAAAUGCAUCGAAGGAAAGUGUGCUUAUGAGGAACGCAACAAAAAAUACUUUGUGAAAGCAAUCUCUAAUCCAUCUUUUGAUUCCGAACAUAAUGUUUCCCAUCCCAAAAAUUUGGACACUAUCAAAAAUUUAUUGGCUAUUUUAUACAAGUUUUGCUAUCCAUAUGCAAUGAUUGGCUUAGCAUUAAACAUAAUUUCGUCCUCUCUUUUUACGGUGGAGAAUUUGUCAAAUAUUUCUCCAUUAUUUUUUAUUGGUGUGUUGCAGGUUGUGAUACCUCACAUGUUUAUCACAAUUUAUAUUAAUGGUGUGAAUCAGUUGUUUGAUGUUGAAAUAGACAAGAUGAACAAAUCAUAUCUUCCAUUAGCAUCUGGACAAUUAUCCUUUAAAAAUGGUGUUAUUGUUGCUGCAUCAUUUUUAACUCUGAGUUUUUGCCUUAGUUGGAUUAUAGGUUCUUGGUCAUUGAUUUGGGGUCUUGUAGUGGGCUCUUCAAUAUGGACAGCUUAUUCAAUCAAUGUACCCUUCUUGAGAUGGAAAAGACAUCCGUUGCUGGCAAUGAUGUGCACGGUUGCUUCUCAAGCAUUCAUAUUGCCUAUUGUAACUUUCCUCCACAUGCAAACUUUUCUAUUCAAGAGAUCAAUUGUCUUUCCAAGAUCAUUGAUUUUUGGCAUUGUAUUCUUAAGCUUAUAUGCUGUGGGUAUGGCAUUGGUCAAGGAUAUAUCUGAUGUUGAAGGAGAUAAAACACAUGGUAUUGAUACUUUUUCAAUACGUUUGGGUCAAAAACAGGUAUUAUGGAUUUCUGUUUCCUUUUUUGAAAUGGCUUUUGGAGUUGGUCUACUAGCGGGAACAACAUCUUCUUACCUUUGGAGUAAAAUUAUUAUGGGUCUAGGACAUGCUGCUCUAGGUUCAAUUAUUUGGUACAAGGCCAAAUGUAUAGAUUUGGAAAGUAAAGCUUCCAUCAAAUCCUUUUAUGUGUUGACCUGGCAGCUGAUGAACGUUGCAUACUUCCUCGUGGCUUUAAUUCGAUAAGAAAGUCAAUAAAAAUUAAAACAAUGAUCAUAACAUAUAUACAAUAAAAUAAAAAGGGAUGUGCUUUGUAUCUAAUAAAAUUUAUUAAAACAAUGAAAACCACGUAGAUAUAUAUGUUCCUGGGAUAUUAAUUAUUGUAUCAUUAAAUUUUGUCUUUAAUUGUGUGAAAACUUUAUAUAUACACACUGAUAUUGAU